AGAAAUGUCUGGCAAGACUGGGGACUGAGAGUGUACAUAUAGAAGGCUAAAUUGUAAACAUGGCGAACAGAACAGUGAAAGACGCUAAAUCAGUGCGUGGUACAAACCCACAGUAUUUAGUCGAAAAAAUAAUAAGGUCUAGAAUAUACGACUGCAAGUACUGGAAAGAAGAAUGUUUCGCAUUGAGUGCAGAGUUAUUAGUUGAUAAGGCUAUGGAAUUGAGGUAUCUUGGUGGUGUGUAUGGAGGGAACAUAAAACCGACACCAUUUCUGUGUUUAGUACUCAAAAUGUUGCAGAUUCAGCCAGAAAAAGAUAUAAUUGUGGAGUUCAUCAAGAAUGAAGAAUUUAAGUAUGUGCGCGCUUUGGGAGCGAUGUAUAUGCGCCUUGUGGGUACAUCGUUGGACUGUUAUAAAUAUUUGGAACCACUGUUUAAUGACAGUAGGAAACUUCGCAGGCAGAAUCGACAAGGUCAGUUUGAGCUUGUUUACAUGGACGAAUUUAUAGACGAGCUUUUACGCGAAGAAAGACUGUGCGAUGUUAUUUUGCCGCGCGUACAGAAGCGGCAUGUUUUGGAAGAAAACAAUGAGCUUGAACCCAAGAUCUCGGCAUUGGAAGAUGAUUUGGAUGAGGCCAUUGAAUCAUCAGGAGACGAGGAAGAAGUUGUUAAGCCCCCCGAAGUUCCAGUAAAUGUGGAACCACAUUGGCCUCGUGGUCGAGAAGAUAAAGUUCGUCGACCUUCACCAUUAAGACGUAGGAGUACGUCACGUGAAAGAAACAGGGACCGUGAAAGGAGGCGCAGCAGGGAUCGAGAGCGUAAUCGUCCAGAUAGGGAGAAGAAGACUCGCAGAAGCAGGAGCAGAGAGAGGAGACACAGAUCGAAGUCUCCAGGAGCUGGCAGAGUAGCUAACAGGGAAAGGGAACAUCCUCGAACAAACCGUGGAGGUGAACAAGAGAGAGACAUACGACGUAGAGACAGGGACCAGGACAGAGUUCGAGAUCAGGACAGAGGACGUGAACAGGACAGGAUGAGAGAUCAGGACAGAAUGAGAGAACAGGGCAGGGCCAGACCUAGACAUCGCGACCUGUAAUACAAGGCAAAGUUUAAAAUAUGUGUCUUGUAAUGAACAGAUACCUGCAAGAAUUUUAUGUACAAAGAGGACUGGACAGAAUAAUAAUGUGAACUUGGACUUCAGCUUUCAUCAGAUCAAAAGCCGGGAUAUUUACUGGAUUUGUGAUUUUUGUGAAACAUUUUGUAUUACUUACUGAGGACCAUGGUGAUGGUUCAGUGAUCAUUAAGUGUAUUUCUAGAUAAAAGCUUUCUCAUUAACUAGUACAUUUUGGUAAAUUUUAUGCUGGUUGUAACAUUAAAUAUCCCAUUAGAUGUCAAUUUUGUUAGAUACCUUUCAGACAUCAGAUUACUGAAAGUUGAAGUCCGUGAUGAUGACCAUGGCAGUGAGAUGAUUGUAGUGUUUGCUGCGUUGUUGCACUAGUAACUUCUUGAGUAUGUGUGCACAGAUUAAAUACCACAGAUACAUAGAACCAGAUAUCACCAUUCAUAAAACAGAGUGAAAGACUACUAGUGGCUAAAAUCUAUUUUUUGUAAGGAUGGUGCUGUGUGGUGACCAAAUUUUGGCUUCAUUUACAGUUGUUAGAUGUGAUGCAAACCAUUUUAGCAUACAGCAUGUGUCUUCCCCUAAUUGAUAGCUGUGGUUACUGGUUCUGAAAUAAAGUGUUCUGCCUACCUUGA